AUGGAUGAAAACAUUCCUCGUAUCAUACAAUACAACAAUAACCAGAUUGACUCAGGUCUAAGACGUCAUGAUAAGAUCAUAGAUAAGUCACGGAUAUAGCACAUAAGGAACACUUAUAGGUGUGUAAAGGAGAUACAAAAAAGGAAACGUCACUACAAUGACUGUUUUAAUUAAUCUGUGUUUUGUGAUAAGCGUGAUCUAUGGAGCAUCAGCCACAAUAAGUUUUGAAGAGUUAUGCCGUGAGAUAAUACUACUAGACUGUAGUCAGCUUACAGUCGACACAGACGAAACAGUGUGUGACUCUAAUGGAAACUCGUAUAUAAAUUUCUGUGCUUUUGAUCAGGCCAGAUGUAAAGACAAAAGAAUAGAAAUAGAUGCUAAGUUUGGAUGUGUUACGACAACGAACAAAAUGGCAUCUACAACAUAUGCUGCCAUGACAACCAAACCAGCAACCCUAAUGAAAACGACACCUAUGCCUGCAACAACGCCUAUCCCUACUACAACGACGACCAAACCUACAACUACGCCCAAGCCAACACGGGACCAGCUUGGACAAUUGUUCUGUGAUAACAAAGGCAUAGUAACAUGUAGCUAUGAUCCAGUUAAAGUUUGUGCCUCUAAUGGAGUUACACACCAAAAUAAUUGUGAGUUUCAAAAGGCACAAUGUGACAACAUCUGGUUAACAAUAGUAAAGACGGGUCAAUGUUGAAAAAAGCUUGAAAAAAGAAUGUGACGGAAGAAAAACUAAUACAGUAUCGUUCAAUAAAAUUGAUCUGAUCA